UAUGUCCUGUCACUGGACAGAAGUUUUCCAGUAAGUUGUUGGCUGUUUGUCAUGAAGUCAGGCUGGUUGUGUAUUCUCAUCUCUAAAUGUUGUUUGUGUCUUUCAGCCAUGGGCCAGCGUGCAACACUGGGAAGCCUUCUGUUUCUCUUCGGGCUGUUUGGGAUCUGUACAGGAUUUGAACAAGAGAACUGUACCAACUACAACCUCCAGUUUGAGAGGGUGUACUCUGUUCCCGGGGAUGUGGCUAUGCUGACCAGCAGUCUGGUGUCUUCAGAAGUCUUCAACUUUGAAACCGUCCCCUACAACUUCACCUGGUACGACUCAAAGACAGGCCAAGAAAUAAGUAACGAGACCAGUCGAAUCCUGGCGCAUGGGGAGACUCUGUGGUUCCUUAACAUAACGCUGGACGAAGAUGGAGAAUAUAUGCUGUUAAUGUCCACCCUAAGAAUCAACACCUGGUUAUUGCUGAUUCAGCUGCUCAUUGAUGACCGUGAACAGAAAACAGCUCAUUUCCUUCUUCAUCUUUCCGACAGAACUCCCUCUUGGUGCUACAGGCAGGCCACCAGGCUGGUCGUGGAGCGGCCUGUUGCUGGAGAAUGUGGCAGGCCAAGGAAAGCUUAUCAAACACUUACAAAUGGAGUCGCCGACACUCUGUCCUGCCCUCUGAAGGAGUACAUCGAUAAACUGGACAGCUACAACAUCACUUCCUCCUUGGAGUGGUACAGAGGUUGUGACCCCAUCGUUGAUGAGAAUGACAGGUAUACCUACCUGCCUGAUGGCAAACUGAACAUUGGCCUGGUAGAAAGCACAAACAACUUCUACACCUGUACUCUGACCUUCAGUCUCGGCGGCAGGAUAGGAUCUGUGUCUGAGACUAUUGAAGCAUUUGUCUCAAGGAAGUACUGUAUGACUCCACGAGUGAACCAACCGGCCAAUGAAAUAAUCAAGGAACAGAUGGGGUCCAAUUUCUACAAGCUGUGCCGGGUGUUUGUGCCGUGUGUCGGGGAGCCUUCGGUUGACAUUGUUUGGCUGGUCAGAGACGAGUUCAUUUUGAAUACCGACCCCGCUGACCGCGUCUACACUUCAGAACAACGCAAAGAGGCCCAGACGGUUCCUGAGGAAGGUGUAUGGCUUGAGCGGGUGCUGACGAUUUCUGAGCUGAGGGAGGAGGAUUUCCACAUCAAUUACACGUGUCGAGCGUACAGUGCCAAGGGCUUCCCUGGGAGCUAUUUUACUCUUCUCCCAGCAGAUCCCAAUGACAUACUUCCCAUUGGCUCCGUGCUCGGUGGUGUGACGGUUCUCUUCAUCGUCAGUGUUUCCAUCUACUACCUUUUUAAGGUUGACAUUGUGCUCUGGUUUAGGAGUAUGUUUCCAAUCCUCUAUACAAAUACAGACUUGGAUGGGAAGUUGUAUGAUGCCUAUGUGGCAUAUGCACAGCCCCGUGCCGUCGGAUUCAGCACUGAAGUGGAGGAGUUUGUCCUUCACACUCUACCCCAAGUGUUGGAAAAGGCCUGCGGCUACAAACUCUUCAUAGCAGGCCGUGACUGCAUGCCCGGGAUGGCCGUAGUGGACUCAGUGGAAGAGAAUAUACAAGCUAGUCGCCGCCUCCUUCUGCUCUACACCGCCUCCACUUUCAUCAGAAGCAGCAUUAGCAAUAACAACAACAACAUCAGUAAGAGCAGUGACAGCAGAGAUAACAGCGAAAGCAAGACCAGCGACCGCAGCAGCAACAUGAGUUUUGAUGGAAGUGAAGAAGUCUAUCCAGACUCAAGACAGCAGUUGGAGUGUCUGGAAGCAAUGCACAGAACCCUGCUGGAGGAAUCUCUAAAGGUGAUUCUGGUUGAGAUGGAAGAGAUCACCCCGGCUCAGCUGGCUCUCUUCCCAGAGUCAAUGCGUCACCUGAGGAACAAGCAGGGCGCCGUGUGUUGGUGGAAGAACCCAAGCAUGAAGCAAAGGUGGAGGACAUGUAUGAGGACCAAAGAGGACGAGGAGAAAGGUGGACAGGACACGCAGCCGUCGGCGUCCAUCUCCCCUUCCUCCAGGUUCUGGAAGGAGAUGAGAUAUAGUAUGCCGGUGAGGGGCAAGAGGGCUUUGUACCCCGAGAAGACUGCCCUGCUGAACUUAUGAUGAGGUCAUGGACCCCAGAGUAGCUGGUCUUCAAUGUAAAUGUGUACGGUAGUGAAUCCCCUCACACACGGAAAAUUCAGAAAUACUGUGUUGUCACCAGAAGCUGUGAGGUAUACACUCCGUGGUCGAGGUUACAGCACAGGUGAACCAACGCUCACAAGUCGUGUUUCCACCACAAGGUCCGGCUCUGCUCACUUUUGGUUUAAACAUUACGGUUUGCUAUUUAAAAACACCAGGUGUGAGCGGAAUAUCCCGUCACACCGCGCUGGUGACUAUUCUCUCUGACCAAUCAGUGGUCGGCUCAGCUCGCUUGGUACCUCUGCACACGUGGUACUAAAAUAUAAAGGUACAAGGUACUACGCGCAGCUUUUCCUAAUAAAAAAAAAGAGCGAGUCAAAUUGAGCAGAGCCAUGUCGUACGACGGAGGAAGCUAAUAAUAAUAAUAAUAAUAAUAAUAAUGAUGAGUACAUGUACAGCAAAUACCAAGAGAAGGGGAUCUGAUCAAGAAGAGGAGGAAGAUGCUUUGCAAAGACUCACAUUUCAUGUACAGAUCAUCAGUUUGCCUGCAUCAGUAUAUGAACGGCUUUUUCCAUUUUGAUGUUUGUCCUUCUUCAAACAUUAUUUUGCAUGUUUUAGCCAAAAUCUACACAUUUCAGUUUCUUUACAUGUGACACUUCCAACUUCAACCCUUUCACAGUGUGUUUUAUGUUCAUUAAAAGUUAACUGUAA